CAUGUCUCCUGAUUCCUCAACACUGAUUCUGAGUAUACAUACGUAUAUUUGUGUUUUCUAUACGUGUGUGUGUGUGCGUUCUGCUUGUCUGUUGCCUAAAUUCAGUACACAGGCCUUGGACUCCUGGCUUAUGUUGAAGCAGAGGGAAGACAUAAUGGGCCACAUUUAAUGGCUUCCUGGCUACAAAGCUCCUUAUUUCAAGUUGUAAAGAUUGUUGCUGAUGAACCGCAAAAUGUGCUUUAAAUAUUCAUGGGUCAGUAAAGGUUUAUGAGGGGGAGACUGCGAGCAGGAGCCAAUCCAUAAGAGCUAACGCCAGACAUACUUCUGAAAAGAGAGAAUAACAUGGGUGAGCUGCCACUACGAGUGCAAUGGUGAUAUUAUGGUUAAUGGGACUUCUUCCUUGACAGAUUCAGUACCGAAUGACCAUAUAUUAGAAUGCCAUAGAUAAAAACCAAGCUUUUCAGUUUAUCUUGAGACUGGAACAGCAACUCCUGACAAUGCACUGAUUUUUGUGUUGUGCUCAUUAUGUUCCAAUUCAUUAAGAGAGAAAUAAAAACAACUCCACUGCUCUUUCGGUUACAAUUCGAAACAAAGUAAUUUUGUAUUUUUGCUAUUAUAAAUGUCUAUUAAUCUUGCCAUUACAUUUUAUCCACUGAGUCUAUUGGUUCAAGUCUUAGAAAUUUAUCAGGACCCUUAUGCUCAUUUAAAGGCAUUCUUUCAUAAACGCAAGGUUUGGGGAGGAACUGAAUCAGUUGUGCUCCAUGUUGCAUUGCUUACAGAUGGGAACCAAUGGAUUAAGCCGUCGUGAGGGGAUGAGUCAUUGCACCAUGAUUCAUAACUUUCAAUGGGCUCCGCGUUGAGCCCUACCACGCGUCCUAUUUCUCUAAUCGCUCCGUUUUGUUCGUGUUUACUGUGUUUUGGGCUUUCAAAUGCUCGUACACGGCGUGCCAGCCCACGCCAGUGCCUUACGUGGGAGAAAUUAGAUCAUAUUGUGCACAGUCUUGCAACUAGGCGUGUGUGGUAAACCAUGCAAUGAAUGCAGACGUUUCGUGUAAAGGAUCUGUCAGAAUACACGUUACAGAAACCACGUCUGUUGCCAAAAUCAAUUGCGAAAUAUUAACCUUUCUUUCGCCAGAAGACUCUAGCAUAUACACUAACAAAAAUAAGCAUCGUUAUUGCAAAAUCAGUUAUAAUAGAAUUAAUUCAACAACACGCUGUUUAAAGGCAUGUGCCUUCAUCCUUAAGAAUGGUAGACUACUUCCAAGUGGCCUCUCUUAUCAUGUCAGUGGUUUGCAAUCUCUAAAUCGUAUUUACUUGUAUUGUAUUUACUUAAUCCAUUACUGAUUGUAUAGGUAACAAAAAAAAUAUGAGAUAGUUGAAUAGAAAUGUCGCUGAAACGUGGGCAGAAUCAUAAAUCAUCUUCAUAAAUCACUGGGUUUCCCCACUCUUUCUCUGUUUUAUCGCCAGAGAGCAGGAUUCCGUGCGUGUGUGUCUCCGUGGGUGUUUUUCUGCAGGCUUUGCCGUCAGAACUGGACAGCUCCCUCGCGACUCCGUCGAACCCGCCCCCAUUGAGAUGAGUGACAGCAGCAGCGACCAUACGCGGAUCAAGGGUCCUUUAAGAACCCUAUAAGAUAAUGAAGGAGACGAGAUUGGAAAGCAAAUGGUCUCUGUCGUUCUUGCGCCUAACCGCUGCUUGUUAUGGACGGAAGAGGGCGGAGUGUGUUUUGUCACCCCCAAGUGUGAAGCUCUGGCUCCGCCGUGAAUCGGAUAAUUGAGAUUUUCACCCUCUUUCCCCUUUCUAAUUGUGUCGGUUGUCUGUCGCACAUCGCAGUGAAAGGAUACCAAGAACCAUCAGGUCCCUUCUUCAGAACGGAUUGGUUUACCAUCAAAGAGUGUCUGACAUAACGGCGCAACGUACUCAAACAAGGUAAAUGCAACAGCCGCUAUAAGAGAAGAAAACAGGAAGAAUUGCACUCCUGGGGUUUCAGACAGCCGUUGCUUUCACCAUUCACGGACAGGCGGGCGUAAAGCUUCAGCAUCUACAGGUGACAAUGUUGUGUUGAUUGAGAGACGACUGGCUGCCUUGCGUGCAUUCUCGCUCAUCUGGUGAGCCUAAACGGAGUCGCACAGUAUCAGUGGAUAUAAGUCUUAGGGUGGAUAUGGCUAUACUUAGCCUGUCAUUACUUUUGCAAGUGGGAUUUGUCAUUGGAUCAAAUUAUAGACAUGGGGAGUGGAACGCGGAUCAAGAAAGGGAGAACCGAGCGAGACAGACUAUCUACAGCACGCACAUCAACAACCAGCGAACGCAUCUCCGUAAAGCUCAUCCGUUCAAAGCUGUCACGGGGCGCUCUGUCAUCGACCACAAAGCAGAUGAACCUUUACAGCGGGUGGUCAACGAGUUUCUACACACAGGGGACUCCUCUGCCUUAAAGCUUGCGAACUGCUCACAUAGGUAUGAGCUCGGUGCCCACUCCAGCAGGACCCCGCACGAGUCCAUGCACACAGUUUUGGACACGGUGAUGCAUGCGGCCAACUUCUUGAACAUGGUCUUGCAGACCAACAGGUCGCAAGAGCAAAGUCUCGUUCAAGACGUAGAGUGGUAUUAUGCUUUGGUUAGGAGCAUACUGGAGGGGGAUUCAAAGAUUCACCGGGCCGUGGUGACAUUCAACACUGACUCCAUGGCCUCUGGGCCCGCAGUCUUCCUGCGGGCGACGAGAGAGGGCAGCGAAAUAGUUCUCCAGGAUCUCUCAGGCUCCGCUAAGCAUCUCCUGAGGAAUAAAACGUCCGAAACGGAAUGGUUUCACGGUGUUAAAUCCAAAAAGAAGAGCCAAUUCCACAAACGUGUUCUGACUCAAGAUAUUGAGUCGCUGGACGCCUCUGUCCGCAGGGGCGAGAGUUUCGUCUCUGACAGAUCUCAUAUUAAAUGGUCGGCGCCAUACCUGGAGUGCCAAAACGGUCAUUUCAUCCCGCGAUGGCUCCUGACCCUAUCCGCGGGGUUGUAUGGUCUCAAGGAACACUCGGCCCUCGACUUCAGGGGCGCGGUGAGAGUUGACGUCGACCUGCAGGCUGUGGACAUCAACCAGUGCUCCAGCGAAGGCUGGUUUGCAGGGACCCACAGAUGCAACCAGACCAGCAUGGAGUGUCUGCCCAUCCCUGGUCACGGAUUCGUGCUGGACAAGUACAUGUGUCACUGCAAGCGGGGCUUCUACCACCCAAACCGAGUGUCCGUCAAUGGCUAUGAAAGGAAUGGGCAUAUGGGCACAGGACUGGUGGAAGGGCCUUACGAUACAGACAUCACCGAAGACUCUGCUCACUGCAUGCCCUGUCAAGAAGGAUGUGCCUACUGCAAAGAUGACACGCCCUGCAUCGCCCGUGGUGACAGCUACCUGCGCUUGGCUGUCCUGUCUUUCCAGGGCUUGUGCAUGCUGGGAGAUUUCAUCAGCAUGAUACUGGUCUACCACUUCCGCAGGAACAAGAGCAUAAGGGCGUCUGGUCUGGUCCUUUUGGAAGCCAUCUUAAUUGGAGCUUUGUUUCUCUACUUCCCGGUGAUGAUUCUCUACUUCCAGCCAGGAGUGUUCCGCUGUAUCCUGCUCAGAUGGGUGCGGCUGCUGGGCUUCGCUAUCGUCUACGGGACCGUCACCCUCAAACUCUACAGGGUGCUGAAGGUGUUCCUCUCGCGUACGGCCCAGCGGAUCCCCUACAUGACCAGCUGGCGGGUGCUGCGUCUGCUUGGCAUCAUCCUGCUGGUGGUCUGCUGGUUCCUGGUAGCCUGGACCUCCGCCAUCUGCCAGAACCUGGACCGCAAGCUGUCCCUCAUCGCUGUGGGAUUCACACCCGAGGGGCUGCAGUUCAGCAUGUGUCUGCUGGACCGCUGGGACUACAUGAUGGCCGUGGCUGAGUUCCUGUUUCUUCUGUGGGGGGUGUACCUGUGCUACGCCGUCCGCACGGUUCCCUCGGCGUUCCACGAGCCGCGCUACAUGGCCAUCGCUGUCCACAACGAGCUGAUCCUGUCUGCCGUCUUCCACGUCAUCCGGUUCAGUCUUGCUCACGAGCUGCAUCCAGAUUGGAUGCUGAUGUUGUUCUUCAUGCACACACACCUGACCGUGACAGUCACCUUGGGACUUCUGCUCAUUCCGAAGUUCCUGUUUGGGGGGACGCACCUGACAGACGACAUUGCCACAGAGGCCUACGAGGACGAGUUGGACAUGGGUCGCUCGGGGUCCUACCUCAACAGCAGCAUCACGUCUGCAUGGAGUGAGCACAGCCUCGACCCCGAGGACAUACGGACACCCGACGAAAUGGGCCCGCUCAGUUCUAUUACUGGCUGUGGCGUAAGGUCUUGCGACAGUCUUUGGGAAAAACGUACCAACGAGGAGCUAAAGAAGCUGUAUUCUCAGCUUGAGGUCUACAAGAGGAAAAAGAUGCUGGCUAACAACCCCCACCUGCAGAAGAAGCGCAGCAGCAAGAAAGGCCUCGGCCGCUCUCUCAUGAGACGCAUCACUGAGAUUCCGGAGACGGUGCGCCAGUGCAGCCGCGAGGACAAGGACACCGGAGAUCACGGCAGCAGCAACCGCAACAGCAUCUGUGCCCUGCGGAAGAACCCCUUCGACCCGUCACACUCCACCAAACCGGCCAAGGAGGAAUCGCUGCGCAGCAAGGUGUUCUCGCUGAAGAAGUCGCACAGCAGCUACGACCAUGUGAGGGACCAGAGCGAGGACUCCAGCAGCUCGACCACGGACAAGAUGGAGGCAUCCACCACAGAGAGCUCACUGCUAGACACCCUCAUGGGCAAGAAACUGGUCAAGAAGAAGUCCUCUGAGAAGCUUGACUCAACCAGCGAAUCAACCGAAUCCAUGCCCCUGGUCUGCAAGUCGGCGAGUGCACAUAACCUCACCGCUGACAAGAAACCCCUUCAUCCGAGAACCUCGAUGCUGCAGAAGUCUCUGAGCGUCAUCGCUAGUGCUAAGGAAAAGACCCUUGGCUUGACUGCAAAGGCCCAAAGCAUGGAAGAGGCUACCAAGAAAGCCCACCAGAAACCGAAGGAGGCCCAGACACCCGGGGAGUCAGAAGAGAAGCUUGAAAAUUCCUCGAAGAUGAUUAUCAGCCAGUCAGUGGAAUACAAGCAGCCAGCGACCAAAACUGGUAUAAUGAAGCAGCCCACUUCUGGCAGUCAGCUCUCGAUCAGCACCGACCCGGCCAAGAUUAAGGAGCUGUUGGACCUUUCGGAGGUGUGCCCCUGGGAGGUAGAAGAUCUCCCCACCCCCUCCGAGAAUAAGGUCCAGAAGCACGUGUCCAUUGCCCCAGACGAGACAACCACCAUCCAUGGCAAAGGCACUCCUGGCACCAAGGCCCAGCAGCAACAGAAGAGGAAAGCUUCGGAGCCAUCGCCCUCCAGCAGCCACAGGCUCAACCAAAAGUCAGGGGACCGGGCAGACAUUUGUCCUUGGGAGGAGGCCAGUGAGAGCCAGAGUCAGAUGGAAGGGUCAAGGCCUUCUCCCUCUAGCCAGCCAUCUGGGUCAGUGGGCUCUGCCGAGAGCACCAAAGCCCAGCGGGCAGACGUCUGUCCAUGGGACUGUGAGGAGGCUCCAGCCGAGAGCACUAAAGCCCAGCGGGCAGAAGUCUGCCCAUGGGACUGUGAGGAGGCUCUAGCCAAGUCUGCAGAUGCUGCUCUGUCAGCUGACAAAGGCAGAGAUAGGAGCAUCGCUAGUCCCACAGAUGGCAGAAGGAAAGGUACCACUCCCACUGAUGUUAAAGGCAAAGGCAACACUUUGGUGGGAGUCAAAGGGAUGGGUACCAAUCCACCAGACAGUAAAGGGAAAAGUGCCACCAAUCCACCAGACAGUAAAGGGAAAAGUGCUACCAAUCCACCAGACAGUAAAGGGAAAAGUGCUGCCUUGGUUCAGCCAACAGCCUUCAAGACCGAUGUUUGCCCCUGGGAUUAUGAAAGUCUCCCAGCUAAGUCACCCAGCUCAGAAAAAACACCCAGCCUCACUCAGGUUUCUAAAACAAGAGAGUCGUCGUCAAAAACGAAGGAGGCUGCUUCUACGAGAACUCUGGAGACAGAGGCAGAGAAGGAGAGAAAGAAGGCAAAGGAGGCUGAUGACGACAAAAGUAAAAUGAAAGCCAAGGACAAACUGCCCUCAGGCAAACCCACACAAAAGCAGGCCAGACAAACUAAAGUGGCUGAAGUGUGUCCUUGGGAUGUAGAUGGCCCUGAGGAGGUGUUGACGGUGGAGAAACGAAGAAGUGCCAACGCUGAGUCUGCCAAAGGCAAACAAGUUGAUGUUUGCCCAUGGGAUUUUCAGGAACCAUCGGACAGCAAAGGAACAAACAAAAGUCCUGGUCCUUCCGUGGCAAAACAGAAAAGUCCGAGCCCCAAAGGUGGUCCUUCUGGUGAUGUCAAAAAGGCUGAUGUGUGCCCUUGGGACUUUGAGGAGCCGACGUCAGGGAAAAAAGCAUGACAUUUGACAUGACUGAACGGUUUAAGGAUACCAUAGUUCCUGUUAUGUGCUUUUCUUUUUCACCAUAUAAGACCCUGAAAUAUAAACUAUUAUUAUACCUUUUGGUGACUUGAUGGAAGAAAAUAAUAUGUUGCACAAGUUGCCUUUACUUCCAAGAUUUAUUUUGUCUGUAGUUCUUUUUGGAUAAAAAAAAAGAAAAUUUCUAAAAAGUAACAAAAUCAUUAAGCAUUCCAGAUUCUUACUAUUUGCAGUCCUUAAAGGUAAACUGUUGUCAAUUACAAUUAUGCAACUCUUCAUGUGCAAUUUAGAAAACAUGCUUAUACUCACUGCAUAUAUUUCGUCUUUUAAUUGAAAUUGAGAGCCCCCAAAGCUCAAACAGAGUAACCCUAUUUUUGGUGUGGUGUUUUUACACCACAAAUAGGAAAUGUCCUAUUUUGUCUUAUUUUGUCAGAUUGAGGGUUUGAGAGCAAUUCUGAAGAAAAUGCCAAAGAAAAGGAAACAUCUUCAUGACGUGAACAGAGAAAUAUUCAAGAUCACAAUAAGACAUUUGUGAUUUUUUUAGUUUGCCCUGUGAGGUUAGGUAAAUAGCUAGCUUGUAGCACUUUAUAAUCCCGCCCAGUAACCCCAUUUGGGAGGGAAGGUUUUUUUUUUUUUUUUUCAGUUUAAUUUACACUUGUUGAACUGAAAGUAGAGAUUACACGUUGAUCAUCCGCCACAUGAAAAGAUUUGACUUACAAUCUCAGACGUGUCCAAUGCUUCCAAGUCUGCUGAGAAGUACUCCUGUCUGUGCCUAAUACGUUUUGUAUCCCCUUUCUUUUUGUGUGUGACCUAAGGUAGCUUAUCUUUCUAAAACACAAAAAAGGACACAGUCUUGUGUGCCGUCUAAAUGUCCAGUGCAAGAUUACCUCCUAAAUAUACCUAACAGAUCCCUCUGUCCGUGCACGAAUAUUUCUUGUACUAGAUCAGAUGACAGACGUUUGUGAUUGCAUUCCAUCUUGAUCUCAAAGGACAUACUGUACAGUGAUAAUGUUCUUACAGUGUCUAGAAUAUUGAAUUGUAAUAAGUGUUCCAUAAGGAUUGUAACACGUCAUUUUUUAUGUUAAAAUGAAGAAUAAUGGUCUCAUAUGUAUUUUCCAAAUUGUGAAAAUUAGACAGGCUCCACCAAAGUACCCGAGUGUUGAAUAAUUGUAUUCAGUUUUAUUCAGUUUAUUCAGUACAGACCAGGAAUUUAAUUGUAAUGUCUGAAUGUGUACUUCAUACAAACGAACAACUACAAACGUAACAACUACUGUUGUGUCUAUUGUUUGCUUGGUAUGUUUUGGUCGGAGAAGCAUUUAUCUCUUUUAGCCAAUACAUGUUCCCUAGUUACUCAAAACACCCAUGUCACCCCAAAGUGUUCAGACUUGUUCAAAUGUUUGAGUAUACCGUACUGUUUUUCAGAUACUGUUUGGCCCCCAAGCAGGUCAUCAUGGUUCACAUACUUUCGGUGGUUGCUUACUUUAGUCGGCAUGACCUCUGACCCCGGGUGCGGGGCAUAGCUUGUUCCGUUGCACUUUUCUGGUGUUACUAAUUAAUGUUUUCAUUUGGCUACUGGCUGGUGUAGGAGACUCCGAGUCACUUUAAAAAAGUAAUUUAAACCAUUUUCACAUUUCAGGUCAGUCUGAAGGAUACUUUACAAUUUACAAAUUUAAUAUUUUUUAUUUGUUUGCCAAAGAGGUCUAUUAAACAUAGAAGCAUCAGGUUGACAUGCUGAAGUAAACAGAUCUAAUCUUCUGUUGCAUCCCUCUGUGUAAUGUUUGAAAUAUGUUGAACACAUAGCGCCAACCUCUCAAAGCACUUCUUUACUGGCUCCAGGAAUGUCGCCUGAAAAGACCUGUCAUCCUGCCCAGAUUGACUGGUGGCCUGAUGUAUCGCCACAAUAUUUAUGAAGCCGAUGCCAUUAUCUAUCAUCGACUCUCAUGAUGCAUGUUCCUGAACCGCAAGGUAUGCACACUGCUAUCCCACUGGCUUCCGGUAGAGUGUGUAUGUGUAUGACGUUGUGUGUGGUUACUGCCUUUGAACAGUGUAGCAUGAUAUGGGAGCAGACUGUAAUCCUAGGGUCGGAUUCGUAGCGUUAGAUGGUGACAUGAUAGCUGUAGAGUAAAACACUUAACAUUUAUGAAACCUCGACAUGGUAACAAGCUUUGCUGUUCAUUCCAUUGAGAUUCGUUUCAUUUUUUUGUGUCAUGCAAGCUCACCAUGUCGUCACAGCUGGCCAGCUCUUUUCCUCUCUUUCCUCGCGAGAAACAUUGUCUGAGUGCAACUCGUUGGGUUUCUGUUCUGUGGAGUUCUGUUUGUCCAGCUUGUUUCUUUGAACCUGGUUUCUCGUGUAGCCAGUGGUCAGCUGGGAGGGAACACUAUUACUUAACGCUGUAAUGUCUUACCUUACUGCUCUCGUGGCUUUUGCAUGAUAUCAAGAAAUUAGUAGGACUGAUGUUUCACUGCCCUUGAUGGAACUAAGAAAAAAAAAAAAACUUUGAUAUUUUAUGGACUGUUAUGAGUUGUAUAGUGAGUGGAACUGUACCUUAACACACUGUAACCUGUGCUUGUUAUACUAAAUGCUCUAUGACAAGCUUAUAGCAUACACUUAUGGAGAUAUUUGUUAGAUUUAUAUUGUGUUAUAUUGUGAUAGCAUGUAAAUAAAAAUACCUCCUCUGCAAUAAAUAUUUAUAUGAAACACAAACUUCUGUCAUUAUUUAGUCAUUUGUAUGAGGUUGUCUGAAUGGCGUCUUGGAUAGAGAUGUAAUUACCUCUUGUGAACACAUCUGUCAAGACUCUCUUCCAAUUUCAAUCCUGUCACUUAGAAAAGAUAAAAAGAUAUUUCUUCCUUUGUCAUA